AUGGGUCUUCCUAUGUUCGUUUCUCCAUCUCUAAAGAAAAGACAAUUACCACCGAAACAACCACAACCUCAAUCACCACCAUAUACACCUUACGAAGAUUCGGAUUUUCCUGGUGACUCAUACCAAAACUCUAGAACGAGUGCUUUUGGUAAUCAUCGUUAUUUUAUUCGUCGAAAUAUUUCAUCAUUUCCAUUUCCACUUCCCUACGCUACUACCACCACCACCACUACUGCCACAAAUAAAAUUCCAGACUUUCUUCAACCAAGAAAUCCCGUUCAACAACAACUUCAACAACUUCAACAAUUACAUCGAACCCGAGAACAUCAAAUUGCAUCAUCAAAUUUAGCUACAAGACGUGGAAUGCAAUUACAUUCAGCUCAAUUAUUAAGUAUAAGAGCACAACAAUUGGCAGCUCAACAAUUAGCACAACAACAACAACAGCAACAGCAACAAUUAGCACAACAAGCAGUACAAAGACAAGCACAACGACAUGAAGAAUUGAGAAGACAAAGACAACAAGAAAUAGAACGACAAGAAUUACAAAGACAACAAGAAGAAUUACAUCGACAACAAGAAGAAUUACAUCGACAGCAACAAGAAUUACAACAAAGACAAGAAAUACAACGACAACAAGAAGCACAAAGACAAUUACUUUUACAACAUCAACUAUUACAACAACAACAGCAACAAUUAAUACUGACUAAUAUUAGUAAUAUGACGAACACUGUAAUUCAUCAAAAUAAUAACAUGGAUUUAUUUUUACCGAGGAAUUUAAUUCAACUUACACAACAACAUACAAGACCGUCAUCUAGACAUCAUAGAUCAAAUCAUCAUAGAGAAGAACUUAUUCAACGUGGUAUAGAUGUACCACAAUUAAUUCGAGUUCCACCCACUUUUCCCACAAUACCUGAAGUAAUACCGCCACCAAUAUCAAGAAGAUUACAAGAAUGGAAUAAUGUUCAAAAUGUACGAAGAGGAGAAGGUUCUCCUUCUGAACAACAUCAUCAACAACCACAACUAAAUCAUACAUCUCAUCAUUCUUCUUCUUCUUCCUCCUCCUCCUCCUCACGAAUAUUAUCACCAAUGCCUAGAAGAUUUGAUCCAAGAUUUAAUACAUCUUUUACACCCGAAGGAAUUUUGACGGAAAGAAUUGUUAUAAAUAAAACUCAAGAAGGUUCGGCUUCCGGUGAAGUUUGUUAA